AUGUCAAAUGUCAUUCAUGAAGUUGAAGUUGUCAAUAUUUGUUAAUACCGUAAAUUGUUGUAAAUAGUUUUACAAUGGUUUAUUAAUAUAAGUAUAGUUUUGAAUUAAACUAUAAUAAUUAUUGAUUAAUAUUAUAAGUUUGUUUAGUUAUGCUUCAAAUAAAGUCAACAGUGUGUAGUAAUUGCUGGUGUAAUGGCAAAUGGUACAAAAGAAAAAUGGGAUCCAGCACUCACUCGUUUAUUAACAUCCCUCCAACAAGCGACAAAUUUACCUUCAACAGAAGAAGAACUGGGAUUCCUGAGUAAUUUGUUACAGUCAAAGGAACUACAUGCUUUGGUGAAUGUACAUAAUACAAUAAUCAGCAAUGGUUCUAGUGAUAGAUUUUUUCCUUUGUUGUCAACAUCUUUGGAUAUUCUUACUGAGAUAUUAGAGGAAAUAGCCCAGAGACCAUACAUGUCCCCUGAUUGCAAGGAACUAUUUUAUCUGUUACAAAAACCACAUAUUCAGGGAGUUCUAUAUUCUCAUGAUUCUGUAGCUCAAAAAGACUAUUAUCCUCAUUUACCAGAAAUACCUCGAGAAGUUGAAGAUGAUGAAGAAACUAUCAAAAUUGUACAGUUGGUUAAAAGUAGUGAACCUUUGGGAGCUACUAUUAAAACUGACGAGUCUACGGGAAAAAUUGUGAUAGCAAGAGUUAUGCAUGGUGGAGCAGCCGAUAGAUCAGGAUUAAUUCAUCCGGGAGAUGAAGUUGUUGAAGUUAAUAAUAUUAGUGUUGAAGGGAAAACUCCAAAUGAUGUUUUGCAAAUUUUGCAAAACUCAGAAGGUACAAUUACUUUCAAAUUAAUACCUGCAGAUUCAAAAUCUGGAAUUAGGGAAAGUAAAGUUCGAGUUCGAGCUCAUUUUAACUACGACUCAUCAACCGAUCCAUAUAUUCCUUGUAAAGAAGCAGGUUUGGAUUUUGUUAAAGGUGAUGUUUUGCAUAUUGUCUCUCAAGACGAUGCCUACUGGUGGCAAGCUAGAAAAGAAGGCGACAGAAAUAUGAGAGCCGGUCUUAUACCCAGUAGAGCUCUUCAGGAACGUCGAAUAAUCCACGACCGUACUCAAGCUGUUAAAAAUGGCGAAGAUGCCGUAGGGCUUUGCUCUGUUUCAGCUUUGCCUGUACUAACCUGCAGUCAGUUUCCGAAAUCCCCUCGUUGUACAUCUAAACCUAAAACUAAAAAGAUUAUAUAUGAUAUAGCUGAAAACGACGAUUUCGAUCGAGAAGAGAUUGCUACAUACGAAGAAGUAGCUAAAUUGUAUCCCAGACCUGGGAUGUACAGACCUAUAGUACUUAUCGGAGCUCCGGGUAUAGGAAGAAAUGAAUUGAAAAGACGACUCAUUGAUACAAAUGUUAACAAAUACAGAACGCCGACGCCUUUUACCACAAGAACGAUGAGACCCGGCGAGGAAGACGGUAAGGAGUAUUUCUUCGUAUCCAGAGAAAUAAUGGAAAAAGAUAUCGAAGAAGGUAAAUUCAUCGAAUUCGGUGAAUAUAAAGGUAACCUUUACGGCACUUCGACGGAAAGCGUCAAAGCAAUUAUUAACGCUGGAAAAGUGUGUAUAUUAAAUCCUCAUUACCAAGCACUGAAAAUGUUGAGAACACCUCAAUUGAAACCGUACAUAAUUUAUAUAAAACCACCGAACUUGGAAACUCUGAAAGAAACGAGGAGUGCUUUUCGUGCUAGAUCAACAUUUGAUAUUAAUAAUUCGAGAGGUUUUACGGAUGAUGAAUUUAAUGAUAUAAUAAAAUCAGCCGCAAGAAUAGAAUUUUUAUACGAUCAUUUUUUCGAUGAAACCAUCGUUAACGCCGAUUUAGCCGUUGCGUUUAGUCAACUAGUAAGUGCAGCAAAUCGGUUAGAAUCCGAACCAUUAUGGGUACCGGCUUCGUGGGUUCAAUGAUUUGUUAUAAUUAUAUUGUUAUGUUACUGUUAACUCAUUUAAAACGAUUUUUUAUUUCUAGAUUGUAGAUUUAAUAAGAAUGUUAUGAGAUUUUUAAAGGGAUUUAUACGCUCAACAGUUGCAGUACACUUCAUUACAUACAUUUUGUUACAGUAAGAUACAAAUGAGAGUUCCCUGACAUUUUUUCGCAUACCCCCACUCUUCUCCAGCCACCCACUACAACUCACCUAUACCCUCUACCACACUCUCACUGAUUUUGAUCUAAUGGAAUUCAAAGAUUUCAAUUUUUCGUUUUACCACUUAAGCUUCGAUAAUAGAUUGCAAUGGAUACAGAUUUUCUUCUGUAUGUGGGUAUAAAUCCCCAUGUUUUUACUUUCCAUUAGUAUAUAAAUUAUGAAAAUUGUUUCAAACGGUUUCUACAUCAAAAUAUUUGAAGAUUUUAUUUUCUUCGGCUGUCUGAUAGCAACCUUAGACUCCGGUUAGCUUACAGUGAAGACAGUCUAAAGCCUAACUUUAUAUUUACUUAUCCAUGCAGAUCAGAAAAUAGGGGAAAAGAAAGACCUUCUUCUUCUAAUCGUACGUUAGGACUGCAGUUGGGAUGAUGAAGAUCAGCUCUCAUACCAUCUUGUAGGUGGUCGGGAUGUAUUCGGACAUCUGAUAUUCUGUCCACGUGGUUUCUCCAUUACGUUCGCCAAUGAUAAUUGUUAGUGAGGAUAAGAAAGGGAAAGAAAAAUUAGUUUUAUAUAAAAACGAUUUAAAUUUAUUGUGCAAAGUUGGAUCCAUUUGUUGUGUGAAGUUGACCCCUGAUGCCAGUUCCUUAAACGAUUAAAAAAUUAAACAGGUUUGUUCCUGAUACGAUAUAGUGCAGAGAACAUUGGUUGA